CCAAUCUUCGACGCAAUUGAACCCGCAACACCUCGCAGCGCGCUCUCUGCUGUCGAUAGGGGAGGCAUUAAGACGGGGCUGCAGGAAUUGCCCAUAUAUCCUGCUUAGCAGACCAGGGAGGCUAUGAGAAUCCGGUCGCCGAGAGCUUCAUUGCUCUUUUCUCGUCCAGGAGUAGCAACCACGCAACCUCGACGAGUCUGCCUGGAAUGCCUUUCCGCCAGCCGGGCGCAAUUGUCGCCUUCUAAUUCGAGGCUAUUUCACCUAUCAAGCCGACAACAUGCGGGAUCAUGGGCCCAGGCAGCUAAAUUGGCUGCCAAUGUCAUUUCCAAUGCGACAUCACAACAAGGCAGGGUGGAUCGCCAAAUCAGCAUUGAUCCCCUGAGGAUAGUAGCAAAAGAGAUGAAAUUCUUGAGCGGGAAUAUCAGACAGCUACUAGGUUCCGGGCAUCCUAGUCUGGAUAAAGUUGCGAAAUACUACACCCAGGCAGAAGGGAAGCACUUCAGGCCACUUCUUGUCCUAUUAAUGUCGCGCGCCACGGCACUGGCACCAAAAUGCUCGACAUAUGAUCCCUCGAAACCCUCUGCCAAUAUAAACAGUGGCAUUUCGCGCCCAGAUAUUCUCUUAGAUCACAAUCCUACGAGCCCUGGGACAAACCCCUUGACGGAUCCGGCAUAUGCGUAUUCACCAACCGAAAGCGACAUUCUGCCUUCCCAACGGCGCCUCGCCGAAAUAACUGAGCUCAUUCACACGGCUUCUCUCCUCCACGACGAUGUCAUUGAUCACUCUGACUCGAGGCGGGGAUCACCAUCUGCCAACCUUGAAUUCGGCAACAAAAUGGCGGUGCUGGCAGGAGACUUCCUCCUGGGCCGCGCCUCCAUUGCUCUUGCUCGUUUACGAGAUGCGGAGGUUGUUGAGCUGCUCGCUACUGUCAUUGCGAACCUUGUUGAGGGAGAAUUCAUGCAGCUGAAGAACACAUCCCGGGAUGAGAAGAACCCUCAGUGGACAGAAGAGGCGCUCACAUACUACUUGCAAAAGACAUACCUCAAAACGGCUAGUUUGAUCAGCAAAAGUUGUCGUGCGGCUGCGCUUCUGGGAGGAAGUGAUAAUGUCACAGUCGAGGCGGCAUAUAGCUAUGGAAAGAACUUGGGUCUGGCGUUUCAGCUUGUGGACGAUAUGUUGGAUUAUACUAUUACUGAGAAGGAACUCGGGAAGCCGGCCGGAGCCGAUUUGGAACUUGGCUUGGCCACAGCACCUCUUCUAUUUGCCUGGAAGAACAACCCAGAGCUUGGUGCGUUAGUUGGGAGGAAGUUUGCCGAAGAGGGCGAUGUCGCAAGGGCGAGAUAUAUCGUUUCUCAAAGCGAAGGGAUUGAGCAGACACGUGCCUUGGCAAGGGAUUACGCGGAUCAAGCUCUUGCGGCUAUUGAGCCCUUCCCAGAGAGUGAAGCCAAGGAUGGGCUGAGGGAGAUGGUCGCCAAGACGAUUAACAGGAGGAAGUAGGGUUGUUCGAUAGCGUGUAUACAUAUGAACUAGACGGAGCGUGGUCGGUGGUCUGAAGUUUUGUAUAGAUCAAUGUUAGAUGUAUUAUAUAUGACGGGUAAACAACGCAUCCCACUGUUGCGUUGAAAGGUAGAACUGUAAGGCAACAUAUAUCAGUAUUGCUUUAUUGUACCAUGAAUUAGUAUCAUAUUUUCGUGGAUAGGUUUGCUGAUUCCUCAAAUAUAGCUAGCCAGCUGAGAAUAAUAUCUUAAUGAGUCGAAG